UGACGGCACUCACUGACUUCACCAGUGCUUCCCCUCACAGGUCUGCAAAUGAAGAGCCCUGAAAAGAAACGGCGCAAAUCCAACACUCAGGGCCCGGCCUAUUCCCAUCUCUCAGAGUUCGCCCCGCCCCCAACUCCAAUGGUCGACCACUUGGUGGCCUCAAACCCCUUUGAAGAUGAUUUUGGGGCACCUAAAGUGGGGGCUUCGUCAGCUCCGUUCCUCAGCAACCCUGUGCCCUUUGGGAACUUCCGCGUGCAGGGGGGCAUGACGUCCCAGGUUCCACCGGGCUACGGAGGGGGCCCCCAGGCCAUGCGGAGGCAGCCCCCGCCCUUUGCCCCGAGCCAGAUGGGCCCAGCCUUCAGCAUGCCCCCCCAGAACCCCAACUAUGUGCAGCCUGGUGCCAUGAGUUUCCCCAGCCAGCCCUUCAACCAGCCUCUCGGACAGAACUUCAGCCCCCCUGCAGGGCAGCUCAUGCAGGGGCCAGUCGGGGGCUUUGGGCCCAUGAUCUCCCCCACCAUAGGGCAGCCUCCCCGUGGAGACAUGGCACCAGGGCCUGCCCUGAAUCCCCCUGCCGGCCCCCCCAUGGCCCAGAGGUUCAGCCAGCCUGCCAGUCUCUUUGGACAGUCUCCCAUGCAGCGGCCCAGCCAGAACCUGCCCCCAAACACCAGCCCCUUCCCUGGGGCUGACCCCGGCUUCCCGGCUGGGGGUGAUGACGGGGGGAAGAACCUCAACCCCCCUCCCAGCACCUUCAGCCAGGAGCCGCACUCGGGCUCGCCAGCUGCGGUGAACGGGGCCCAGCCGAGCUUCGCCCCCAGCAGCGCCAGCCGGAGCAGCAGUACCCCUGAAGCUAACAGCCUCCCGCCCUCCAGCAAGGCGUCUGGCAACUCUGGGCACCAGCCACCGCCAGGCCUGGUGUACCCUUGCGGCGCCUGCCGCAGCGAGGUGAACGAUGACCAGGAUGCCAUCCUGUGCGAGGCCUCCUGCCAGAAGUGGUUCCACCGGGAGUGCACAGGCAUGACGGAGAACGCCUACGGGCUGCUCACCACUGAGGCCUCGGCCGUCUGGGCCUGUGACUACUGCCUGAAGACCAAGGAGAUCCAGUCAGUGUACAUCCGGGAGGGCAUGGGGCAGCUGGUGGCGGCCAAUGACGGCUGAGCUGGCACUGGGCCUGGCUAGGGAGGGGCCGUGCUGCCCUCACCUCGUACAGAUCCCUGCUUGGUUUUCGGGCCAAUUUCCCCCCACUUACUUUGUAGCCGCCCCUCUCCCUGCAUGCAAGAGAUGACGUUGAGUGCUGGUGUCUGGCUUCGGUAACGUUUCUUCUCUGUUCUUGCUCAUCUGCAUGGCUGGGCCUGGUGCAGCUCAUGCCAUUUUAAAAUACUCGGAGCAUCCAUUGGAGGGAGAGGAGAGACCAGUGCCUGGCCCAAGAGACCCCUGCGCCUGCCAGUCCAGAGUGUGAAGUCCAGAUCGGGGCUCUGGGGUCUCUGUUACUGGCCGAGCUGAGCAGCCAGUGGUAGCAGAAUCUCUGUCUGGGGGCAGAGUAAGUGACUGUCCCACAGAGAGCCCUGGGGCAGCCUGCAAAUGCUGAUGCUCGGAGCAGUCUCCGCUGGAUAGAAGCGGGGCGGAGCUGGUGAGGGCUGUGUCCUGGUGAUGGGGGAGCUAUGGUGUGAUCCCUAGAGCUGGGACCUCAGCCCAGAGCGAUACAGAUCCCCCCCCGGACGCAGCGAGUGCUGGGAACAGCCAGGGCUCUGUCUUCUGGCAGGGGCCUGUAGCAGAACCAGCAUGCUGAGCCCUUUGCACUUGAUGUGGGGGUCUGUUCCACCCGAGCUGCCACUUCCCAAGCAGUCGGCCCUGUGCUGUUGCCAGAGGGGAGGGCAGUGGGUCUGCAGCAUGGGGAGGUGGGUGUGUUGCCAGCGUGCAUCUGAGCAGCAGGGAAGGUGGCUUUCGCUCCCUUUCCCCAGACUGCAGCUGGUGCCCCGGAUAUGUGCUUACGCUUGGGAUGUGUGUGGAAUCCUGGCUGAGUAUAGCACAGGCCCCUUGGAGCUGAGCCAGGCCUGCUGCAGGGAUGAGGUGGAUUCUCCUGAUCACUCAUGAAUACGUCUGUGGCAAGACACCCCUCCAGCCCCAGCGCGCUCAGCAUCCUGCCCCCCGGUAGGAGCUGCUCUGCCAGGGUGUGCUGCGCGCUGGGUUUCCGUAAAGCUCCAGCCCUCGGCCUGGAUUAGGUGAGACCCAGAUUUCGUUAUGAGUCACCCCCCAGCCCAGGGGACUGGGAGAGCAGCUGGGAGACAUGGCCCAAGAGACUCCGCAGCCAUCGUUAGAUGUCCUCAAGCUUUGGGACGUGACUCAUGAUUUUUGAAUGUCUGGGACCCAUGGAGCCUCCAAGCCCCAUCAUGCCAUGGUGGGUGAGAGAGCCAGACGCACCCUGCACUGCUGGGCCUGUCUGCGCUAGGGGGAGUGCGGCUGCACCAUUCGUCAUUGGUUGGAUGGUUCCUUUUGCCUCCUGGGUGUCCAUGAAAGCCAGGAGGUGGUUGUGCAGCUGAGCAGAAGCUCAGUGCCCCUUUCCAACAUGAGGUAGGUCACACACAGCAGGCUACAGGCACAGGGCCGGGGAGUCCGGCGGGUCCAGCUGUGCCCAGAGCGUGGGGGUCGCGCAGGUUGGAAGUGCGCAUGUUGUGACCAGGCCACAUGCUCUGGCAAAGCAGGACCCAGGCCUGUGGAAGCAGCUUCUGAAGUCACUGAGUCUGUCCGGGAGUCCCUCCUGUCCCCUCCCAGGGCUAGGGCUCGGAGCAGGCAAUAAGCAGCAGUGGAUGUGAAGGUGUUUUCCUGGGCUUGCCAGCAACCCAGCACAGAGGUGCCUUCCUUCCCUCUGUACCAGGGACGUAGCCUGCUGCAGGGCCUGGCUCCCAACCUGCUGUGCUGCUGCCCGGGCAGCUCAGCUCACCAGCCCAUCGGGUUUCUUUGGCUGCCUGGCAGUUGGUUCACACCACUCGGUGCUGUCAUUUCAGGCAGUGGCUGCACUUGGGUCAUGUUUGUGAGGUUCUCUUGCCUGCCACACUUUUAAAGGCCUGCGCCUGCUUCUGGUGUCAGUGAGAGCUGCAGAGCCCCGGGGCCGGGAGUGCCAUUUAGCCAGUGCAUGCGGUGCAGGGGGCAGCUUGCUUUCCACCAGUGGCACUGACCUAGUUUAGCGAGCUGGGGGGAACUGUCUGGAACCAGUUACAGUAAAGAGUGAGACACAGGGGGGCAGGGUGAACCCAGUGGCCUGGCCUGGCAGAUGGUCUGGGUCUCUUCCUGCUCCAGUGGCUGAGGGGGGUGGACAGGCCGGUGGCAAGGGCCUGUCAUGAGCUGCGGGUGGGGAAUGGGCAGGGGGAGGGUUCUGAGCUGAGAACAGCCGCGCUGGGAGCAGCUUGGCACAUGGCACAGGGGCUGAUUGGUAGGCACACGCUUUACCCUGCUGCGUACACACAUCGCCUGGAGGCAGGACUGCUCGCUGGCUAACAGCUGCUCCUGUUUAGUAGCCAUGGGCUGUCCCAACCCUCACUGAGCACCCUGGACAGGCCUGUGUGCUGGGCCUUGCUGCUUUUGGCUGGGUUGGGGGAAUCUCCUGGUUUUGUUAACUUCUUGCUGUUUUGAUGACUUGUUCCCUUUUGUAAAGUUGUUGCUGGUGUGGUUUGUAAUCGUUUUUAACCUCACGGAGCUUUCUGCAGGACCAGGGGGCGCAGUCUUGCCCCGUUUUAACAGUCUGAGCAUUAAAGGAAAUCUUUUUGUAUUGUCCAGCUAUAAAGCGAUUUGAAACCA